CCCAUUCGCUUGCAGAUGACUGUAGCCGCUGGAUAGAAACAACUACUGUCGCUGCAAAUGCAUCUGUCAGAAAGAGAAAGACGCGCAAUAACUUCUUCAACAAUCGAGUGAUAGCCUACAGCUUUCAAAGUUACACCGUUUAACCUUCGUUUACCAAGUCCGUCGUUGAUAGUGCGACGUACGUUGAUAAUGUUAGUUUUUUUCUUUCUUCUGUAAAACCGCGAACGCAUGUGAGAGCAUCACAGUUUGCCAUUUUUAGCAUACAGCCCUAGACUUUUGCCAAGUUCGACAAUCGGUCUUUAUAGUACCUUCAACUUUUGAGGACUCAAAAGUAGACGCCGGAGUGGAAAAGCUUGUGUGGAGAUUGAUGUUUUACUGAAAUGGACGUGAGAGUAUAUCCACCUCCACCACAGUCUUUACCAGCAACAGAUUCUUCCCGAUUGGGACCAUUGCAGUAUCCUGAUUCCCCGUACUGCAAUAAGUACAACAGUGAGACCAUGUUCCUGGGCAUGCCAGAGGCUGGCCUGGACUUUGUGCCAACCAACCAGUUCCGUGUGCCUCCCAACCCCCAUCAGACGCAGACCAGCGCCAAGCAGACUGGACCCCUGUGGAAACGAGAAGGCCCUGCUCACUCCGAUGGCCCCCGGCUACCCUGGUCCUACCCAGUGCCCAGUUUGGGGGAUGAAGACUUCAACAUUCCACCCAUCACACCUCCCACCAUCCCAGAACACAUGCUGCACCCCCACCUACCAGAGUCGGAGUCUGGCUCCUACCACCCACUGGCCCCCUCUCACUCCCAGAGUGGCCUGCACCCCUUCCACCUGCAGGGAAUGGACAUGAUGGGUCAGGAUGGAGGGCUGUUGAGCCAAAAUGGCGGUCUAAUGUCCAGCACCCUGUCUGUGAUGCAACAAAUGGUCAACUCCGAUUCCCGGUACAGCAGCCAUCAGCCAAUGGAAGCGCUCAGACCCAGGAGCCAAUCAGGCAUGGGACAUCAGAGUCAGCUGACCACCAUCAACCAAUCACAACUCAAUGCGCAGUUGGGACUGAGCGGGAACAACGUUACCCAUAAUUCCCCAUCUCCCCCUGGGAGCAAGUCAGCCACACCCUCUCCUUCUAGUUCCGUACAUGAGGAUGACAAUGAAGAAUCAAUAAAGGCAGAGAAGCGACCGGCAGCGGUCGAGACGCCCAAAAAGCCCAAGACCCCCAAGAAGAAGAAGAAGAAGGACCCCAACGAACCCUCGAAGCCAGUUUCUGCCUACGCCCUGUUCUUCAGAGACACCCAGGCAGCCAUCAAGGGCUCCAACCCCAAUGCUACCUUUGGAGAGGUGUCCAAGAUAGUGGCCUCCAUGUGGGACGGCCUCGGAGAGGAACAGAAGCAGGUGUACAAAAAGAAGACAGAGACUGCCAAGAAGGAAUACCUGAAGCAGCUGGCAGCAUACAGAGCAAGCCUAGUCUCACAGAGUUACAAUGAGCCAGGUGAGGUCAAAGUGUCCCAGGCCUCUUCCAUGCUGGGCCCCAAGCCCCCCGUGUUCCCCGGAUCAGGCCACCAGCACCCCCAGCAGCACCCCCACCCCCAUCACUCCCACCCCAGCCUCUACAUGAGCCACCCCUACCAUCACCAGAGCCACCACCCCCACCCCCACCACCAGCAACAACAGUCCCAGCAGCACCAGGCCGGCCUCAGCCCCCACCUGUCCCCCCUCCAGGGUCUCUCCCGGGGGGUGACCCCCCGGCCCAGUGGACCCCAUUCAGGUGGGGUGUCUCUGGGCAGCAUGGCGGCGGUGUCUCCCCCUCCUUUCCAGAUCAGCCCGCCGCUCCACUCCCACUCCCACCUAGGAAUGCACCAUCAGCAACAGCUCGGAGGACACCCGCUGUCUCUGCACUCACCCUCAAUGGGACAGGGAUUCCCUCUCCAAUCAGAUUUCCAGAACAUGCUCAACUCGUCCGGUGGGCAGGGACUGUCCCCAUCCAUGGACUACAGACAGGUGUGUCGGAAUGGGCCCAACCAGCACCUCGACUGGACCAGCGAAUACUGUGGCAAUGGAGCUCUGCAGAGAGACAAGCCUCUGUUCCUGACCUGAUCUGACCUCUAACCUCUACACACCUUCACGCAACCAGACCCGCCGGUCCACAUUCAGUCCCACUCUUUAUUCACUGAACCAAGGCAUGAUUACCCUCUCCCCCAGUAGAAAGUCCUUGACCACCACCCCCCACUCUGGCUCAACCAUCUGACCAACUGACCGUCACUCAAAAACAAGAAAGACAUAAGCACAUAUGGCAAAACAUCCAUAUUUUGAUAUUUGUGGUUCUUUAUGAUCUACCUUGAAAAAAAAUCAUACUGAUGUCAUGAGUGGGUUUUGGAUAGUUUUGUAACAAACACCCUUCCCUGAUGUUAGAUUUAAAAGAAAAUGUAAAGUUCUGGACUUUUUAAUUGUUGGCCAUAAAGGCAGAAAGAAAAUGUGCUCAAAGAGUUGAACGGUUAGGCAGCACUGCCAUAUCUACUGAUGGUUCGUUGGAUCGUUACUGAUAUAUCGUUGGAUUGUGUUUUGAGGAAGACAAGCUGAUGACCAUUUUUUGAUUGUGACCAUUGUUCAAAUCCCAGAAGUUAAUUUAGCACUUAGGGGCUUUGGGGUCUUUUUUUCCCCACACAUAGCAAGAUGUAAACCAAAACCCCAAACUAACAGACUUUUUGAAAGGAAAGACAAGAUGUUUUAGCCUUUGAAAGAAAUUAACAAAGAACACGUGUUAUAUUUCUAUCAGUCUUUCCCUAUGUCUCUCUGUCUCUCUCUCUCUCUCUGUCUCUCUCUCUCUCUCUGCUACUGGACUGCCUUAGAGACUGCUGUGUGUCUUUGAGCAGAGUUGUGUUGCUCUUUCUAAACUGAUGAUGAUGAUGUUCAUAGGAUCCUCUGUGGACUAUGCCUCGGCUGGUUAGUGUAGCCAUCACCUCAAGCUGUACAUAGAUUUUUGUUUUACUCUUCCUUCUAGAGUAUAAAAACAAAAGCUUUUUUUCCCAAGUGCAGUGUGAUUGUGAAUUGGAUCACACCGGUUUUAAUUUAACUAUCAAAGAAUAAGGGAAAUUGAUUGAACAGCUUUUCUAGCUGUUUGGAUUUUAUUGGGCGUAGGAAUUGUCAAUAUAAUGAUAUUUGUAAGAUAAAACUUGGUAAAUCAGUUGUUUGCAUCCUCUGAAAUAACGUCGUAAACGUUGGCUGCCCUUUACCUGGAAAACUCUCACAAAAUGUGAGUUUUGUGAGAGUAGGCAAAUAAAAACAAGUUUAAUUUUGUACAAGGACAAAAUCCUUUUUUUUGGUACAACUUCUGGGCAUAUUGAUUAUUGUCAUCAAACUCCUGUAUCUGAGGUUGUUUUUCUUUAUCAGCAGAAAGUGUCUGAUAAUGAGAGAAGGAGAUUGGUAGAGACAGAUUGGUAGAGCGGCGAUAUAUAACCCUGACAUCUGGCUUGUCAUCGCUCUUCUGAUCACUCCGUCACUCUCUCUCUCUCUCCAUCAAGUCUGUUCAUCAUGCUGCGCCUAUUUAUGAAACAAUAACAGUAGGUGUUUUUUUAAAGUCCUUAUGUUUAAUAGUGUUGAUGAUGGCUGUCUUCUCUGUUCCAUUUGGGUUUCUUUCUUUUGGCAGAAAAACGUCUCCAGGCAACAACAAUGUGAAGAAUUGUAUUCUUAUUUUUAGUUUCUAAUGUGUUUGAAAGAAAUAAAGUCAAACCUGCAUUUUUUUGUGCAGUAAUCACUCA